CAGGGUGCGCCUUCUCGGCGGCUCCUUGCUAGGGCGGGGAGGGGGCGUGAGCAGACGCUGGCGUGAUGUGGUUGCUGGUGACCCCUGUGAUGCGGAACUGUCUUCCCAGGUUGAAGCCAUUCAACAGGUUGCAAAUCACACUACGACACUUAAGUAUGACUAAGGAUCCUUCAGCUGAGGUUCUGUUGGAAAAAAGAGGGUGUGCUGGCAUUAUUACCAUGAACAGACCAAAAGCUCUGAAUGCACUUACUCUUUCCAUGAUUCGACAGAUCUAUCCCCAGUUAAAGAAGUGGGAGCAGGAUCCUGAAACUUUCUUAAUAUUAAUAAAAGGAGCUGGUGAAAAAGUGUUCUGUGCUGGGGGCGAUAUAAAAGCUAUUAGUGAAGCAGGAAAACAUGGAGAUAGAUUAACAAAAGAUUUAUUUAGAGAAGAAUACAUGUUGAAUAAUGCCACUGGCACCUGCAAGAAACCUUAUGUGGCACUUAUCGAUGGAAUUACAAUGGGUGGUGGUGUGGGCUUGUCUGUCCAUGGGCAUUUCAGAGUUGCUACAGAGAGGACCGUUUUUGCAAUGCCAGAGACAGCAAUAGGUCUUUUCCCUGAUGUGGGUGGAGGCUAUUUCUUGCCAAGGCUUCCAGGGAAGCUAGGCUAUUUUCUUGCUCUUACAGGAUUUAGGCUGAGAGGAAGAGAUGUCCACACAGCAGGAAUUGCAACUCAUUUUGUAGAAGCAGAGAAGAUGACUGCUCUCGAAAAAGAUUUGAUAGAAUUAAUAUCCCCCACAAAAGCAAAUGUUGCAGAUGUUUUGGAUUCCUAUCAUAAGGAGUGCAAACUUGAUCAAGAAAAAGAAUUUAUCCUUGGUGAACACAUGGACAAAAUUAACAGUCUUUUUUCAGCAAACAGCAUGGAAGAAAUUGUCCAAAACUUGAAGAAAGAUGGAUCUCCUUUUGCACUUGACCAAUUAAAGACAAUCGCUAAAAUGUCCCCAACUUCACUCAAGAUAACUUUCCGGCAACUUAAAGAGGGAGCUUUUUUGAACCUGCAAGAUGUAUUCACAAUGGAAUAUAGAUUGAGUCAAGCAUGCAUGCGAGGCCAUGACUUCUAUGAAGGUGUCCGAGCAGUACUUAUCGACAAAGACCAAUCCCCUAAAUGGAAGCCAGCUGUUCUUGAAGAAGUAACAGAUGAAUUUUUGGACUCAUGCUUUAAGUCUCUUGGAAGUGAUGACCUCAGAUUAUAAAGAUGUUUUACUAAUGUAAAAUCAAAGCCUAUAUUAUAUAACCCAGUAAAAUGUAUGAUGAAUUGAAUCCAGUAAAUUAUUUCAUCAUGUAAUAAAAAGAAUUGGAAUUGA